AGGAGAGGUCAGUGCAGCCCUUGGGCAACAGAAGGCAGGCUGGCUGGGGCUCUGGGAGCAGCAGGCAAAGGUACCCUGGGCUCAGCACGAGGGGCUUGGCUGCCCAGCUGCUUGGAGACCCUGAUGCGUCUGGCAUUGAGCAGGGUCCCUGUCCCAGUGCAGAUGCCCCUGGAGGGGGUCGCCUGCCUGCAGUGCACCCCGGCCGUCUACUGCGUGAGGCUGGCCCAGGCCCUGGUGGACGACUACUGCAGCCUGGUGCCCGGCUCCGUCCAGACCCUCCAGCACAUCUUCAGCGCCAGCCCUCGUUUCUGCUGCCAGUUCAUCACCGCCAUCACCAUGCUGUACGACCUGUCCUCAGACGACCUCAUCCCUUCCCCCGACUUGCUGGAGAUGGUUGUCUCCUGGAUCUUCGAGGACCCUCGGCUGAUCCUGAUCACCUUUCUGAACACGCCGAUUGCCACAAGCCUGCCCAUCGGCUUUCUGGAGCUCACGCCGCUCUGUGGCCUGAUCUGCUGGUGCGUGAAGGCCCCGCUGGCUUACAAGAGACGGAAGCCCCCGCCCCCCAGUGGCGCCCUCAGUGGGAAAGUGGCCGGUGACUCCUUGGGCAGCUGUGACAGGGACUGCCAGCUGCUGUACUCCAGGCUGCACCUCAGCGUCCUCCAGGUGCUGAUGCUGCUCCAGGGGCACUUGACGGAGAAGAAUCUGUACGGACGCCUGGGGCUGGUGACCGGGGAGCAAAUGGCCUCCCUUGUGGAGGACGUGCGCCUUCUCUCUGACAGGCUGAACCCGCUGCACGCGUCCAAAGAGAUUGAGCUGGCUCUGGACCGGCUGGCCCAGGUCUUGCAAGUGGCCAUGGCCUCUGGAGUGUUGCUUUGGACCAGAGAGAAUCUAAGGACGGUGUGUUCUGGGCUGCCGCAUAACAACUUGCUCCAGCUGGUGAUUUCAGGUCCGGUCCAACCGCCAGCCCAUGCUGCUCUGCCCCCAGGGUUUUAUCCUCCCAUCCAUACCCCUCCCCUGGGGUACCCUGCCCACGCAGCUCACCCGGCUCUCCCGGCUCAUCCUGUGCAGGCGUUCAUGCCAGGCGUGGCAUUUCCUUACCGGCCCAUCCGCUGAACGCCUCAGGUCCAGCUCAGUCCAGCACUUCAUCUUUUCCAUGCCUUGCGGAAGCCUUACAAAGAGAGCCAAUUAUUUUCUUUUUUGGAAAGAGAAAUCUAUAUUUAAUAGAGAAACAAGUCUAGGGAAAGAGAUUGUCUUUUCUUGGAGGAGAGAACUGAUGGUGCUGGACGUUAACGUGGGAAAUGAAAACGCACGCAGCCGUACUGGAUUGGCCACCCGCUGUACAGUUCCAGCCUCUGAAUGGGCGAGAACUUUUUUCUUCCUGCUGUUCGCUCAGUAUGAUUCUUAACCGUAGAAGGCGGCAGAAUUUGUCUCUUUUUUUUUCACUGAGAACCCUUUUGGGCAACUUUUGUUUUCCUGUCCACCAAAACAAAAGGUGUGAAUAGAUAGGACGUAGAAAUGGCAAAAGGAUAGUUAAGUCACAUUUUGUAAGCUGUUUUAAUGGGUCUUUUUAUGUGAAAAACCUGUGUCGUUUUUAAAACAGCAGAUUUCUGCUUCAAAACAAGCAGU